CCCAUUCAUCUUCCAAUUACAACUUGGCUUUCAUCGCUUCCUCUGCUCGUCAAACAAUAACGACCUCCUAAACAUAUACCCAACACCCCUUCUUCCUCCUUCCAUAUUUUUUCAUCUUUCCUUUUGUUCCGCCCGCGGGAGCUUCCGCUUCUGCUCCCUCGAAUGUGACUGAGAUUCCUUCCCCUUUUCCUUUCAUUCUUUCGACUCUCAUUUUUUUUUUUCUUCUUUUCUACAGGGGAGGGGAUUCAUCUCUUCUUGUUCUUCCCUUUUCGUCUCUCAUUCACCACAACUACCACUGCCCAAGGAGAUUAAACAUUGAUCAAAUUCUAAAAAUGAAAGUGGAAAUGGAAAUGGAAUUUGGGAAUGCUCGAAAAGGAAUAAAGCAUAUGGAAGAAAUGGAAGGAUACGGGGGGCUGAAAAUCAUUGGCGAGGAGGAAGAUCUAUGCGAAGAAAACUCGCCAAGGGGUGUGUUUGAGAUUCCAGUUCUGGGGACGGAUUCGGACCAAAGCGAGAGCAGCAGCGGGGGCGACGGAGGGAGCCUGACGGUGGCUGUAAACUCGAUGUUGCCGCCGCCGGAGAACUCGCUGUUGCCAUCGGCUCUUCUCCAAGAGAGCGGUGGAAUUCCAUGGAAGGCGAUGAUCGGGUUGAUAAAAAAGAAAUCGGUUUGGAGAUUGUCGACGAUUCCAUUACUGGCUAUGAGCUACGAUAUUUCGAAGAAGAAUUUCAGCAAAAGAUUUGCUCGUAUUCGCAGCACUGAUGAGGGAAUCAGUAUCGAGGAUGUUCCCUUCUGCAAACCUUCUUGGAGAAUUUAUGGCUUCUCGGAGCUGUCCACUGCUACCAACAAUUUCAGCCCAGAAAACCUGCUUGGAAAAGGAGGGCAAGCAGAGGUUUACAGAGGUUGUUUAUCCGAUGGCCAAUUUGUGGCGGUUAAGAGACUUAUGAAAAGGGAGAAGGACAACGAGGAAAAAACUUCUGAUUUCUUAACGGAGCUUGGAAUUAUCGCUCAUAUUAGCCACCCCAACGCUGCACGGUUGCUUGGUUUUGGAAUUGAUGGUGGUCUCUACCUUGUCCUCGAAUACAUCCCUUUUGGCAGCUUUGCCUCUGCCCUUUUCGGUGCGGAAUCUCUGGAUUGGAAGAUAAGAUUUAAGGUGGCUAUUGGCGUAGCAGACGGGCUGAACUAUCUCCAUCGUGAAUGUCCAAGGCGCAUCAUUCACAGAGAUAUCAAAGCCUCUAACAUUUUGCUCGGUGAAAACUAUGAGCCACUGAUCUCUGAUUUUGGAUUAGCGAAGUGGCUGCCUGAAAAUUGGGCUCACCAUGUCGUCUACCCCAUCGAGGGUACGUUUGGAUAUUUGGCUCCAGAGUACUUCAUGCAUGGAAUCGUUGAUGAGAAGACGGAUGUUUUCGCUUAUGGGGUUUUGUUGCUUGAGCUCAUAACUGGGCGCCGUGCAGUUGAUUCAAGCCAACAAAGCCUAGUGAUUUGGGCGAAGCCUUUACUUGAUAACAAUAGCUUCCAGGAAUUAAUGGAUCCAAAGUUAGGAGACGACUACGAUCAAACUGAAAUGAGACGAACCAUGUUAGCAGCUUCGAUGUGCAUAAACCAGUCAUCAUCGAUGCGGCCACAUAUGAACUCGGUAGUGCAGCUGCUGAAGGGAGAAGAAGGAGCAUUAGAACAAUUAAAACAGAACGCGAUGGAUGAGGAUCAAUCGUGCACUUCGGAAGCCAGCAACAUGGAAGAUUACUCAUGUAAUUCAAACUACCUGGACGACAUGAGUCGUCACAGGGAGCUGAUUUUGGAGUGAAGCGUGAUGAAUUGAAGUGAAGAAAAGUUGGUUGUUUGCGUUACAAGUUAUACAAAAUGAUGCGUAUGCAAUUGUGUCAAAGGCUUCUCUGAUAUAAUGUUGACACAAGUGAGUGUCGGUUUCUUCUAAGACUGUGCCUGUGUUUAUAUGCAACCUUGAAAGGCUCUUCUUUUUGUCAAAAAGUACAGGGAUGAAAAAAAAAAGGGCCGCUU